GAUGAUUACAGUCGCCGUAUUCCUUAUUCGCUAGUGACUAUAGUAAGACGUGUAGUAAUAUUGUUAGUGGGUAAAGUCGUAUAAAUUGGUUAUUUUAUACUUAUUGAUAAUACAGUUGUGGCAAAUAUUAACCAUAAUGGGUAUGGCUAUUAACAAUUUACCACGGAUUCGUGAAGAAUGUAGAGUCUUUCAUAUGUCAGAUACACAAAUCUUCGAAGUAAUGAGCAAACUCAACAACGAUCUGGUCAGGGGACUUGGGAGAAAUACGCAUUCGACGGCGUCAGUGAAAUGUUGGCUUACAUAUAUACAAGAUUUACCGAAUGGAAGAGAACGCGGUAAAUUUCUGGCAUUAGAUUUAGGCGGAACUAAUUUCAGAGUAUUAAUAAUAAAUCUAGGAGAAAAUCAUUUCGAUAUGCAGUCAAAAAUUUAUGCCAUACCGCAACAUAUCAUGACCGGAACUGGUAUUGCUCUAUUUGAUCACAUAGCUGAAUGCUUAGCAAAUUUUAUGAAGGAGCAUGAAGUUUAUGAAGAAAGGUUAGCACUCGGUUUUACGUUUAGUUUUCCACUUAAACAAACGGGACUUACGAAAGGAGUUCUGCAGCGUUGGACCAAAGGGUUUUCGUGUUCAGGAGUUGUUAAUGAAGAUGUAGUGCAAGCAUUAAAAGAUGCUAUAUCAAGACGCGGGGACGUCCAAAUAGAUGUAUGUGGAAUAUUGAAUGACACAACGGGCACACUCAUGUCGUGCGCAUGGAAAAACCACAACUGCAAAAUUGGACUCAUUGCUGGUAGCUGUUCAGUAAAGCGGAAAAGUAAUUGUGAGCUAUUUGAAGAGAAGACUGACAAACCGGAAAUGCUUAUUAAUACGGAAUGGGGCGCAUUCGGUGACGAUGGCUCGCUAGACUUCAUUCGGACAGAAUUUGACCGUGAUGUUGAUACUAAUUCCAUUAACCGGGGCACACAAAUUUUCGAGAAGAUGAUCGCUGGCAUGUAUUUGGGAGAAAUAGUACGCUUGGUACUUGAGAAAUUAACGAAAAUGGGCCUUCUCUUUAAUGGUGUAGGAUCGGACUUACUGUUUAAAAGAAACAAUUUCCACACUAAAUACGUUUCUGAGAUUGAGUCUGACAACCCCGGAGACUACACGAGCUGCAGAGACGUUCUUGAAGAACUCGGGUUGACACCCGCGUCUGAGGCUGACAUGGCUGCGGUAAGGUACGUGUGCGAGUGCGUGUCACGACGAGCGGCACACUUAGUGUCUGCUGGCAUCGCCACUCUCCUCAAUAAGAUGAACAACCCUGUAGUAACAGUUGGCAUCGACGGCUCCGUCUAUCGUUUCCAUCCACACUUCCACAACCUAAUGUCAGAAAAGAUCCAGCAAUUAGUUCAGCCUGGUAUAAAGUUCAAUCUGAUGCUGUCUGAAGAUGGCAGUGGACGAGGUGCUGCGCUAGUGGCUGCAGUAGCGUGCCAUCAGAGCCAGCAGGGAGCGUAAGCAAUGCAACUUAUCACCUUAACAUGGCGAUCUUUUUACCGACGAUUUGUGGCAUCCUAAUUUUGAAUUAACCACAUCGUAAUACCUGUAUGCUGAAGUGCUAGUGCAUAACUAUACAUGCACUUGUGUCAUUUUGACAGUGAAACCGAAUUUUAUGUUCAAAAUAUAAAAACCAAUGUUAUAUUUUCAUUACAAAAAUUUAUUAAUUCUGAUAUCAUAUUAAGAUUAUAAUAUUUUAUACAGCUUUUUUAUAGUCUUAAAGACAAUAUAAAUAGAGAACAUAUUGUAAAUAGUGUCUACAAAAGACAUCAAGAGAUAUAGUCACAUAUGGUACUUAUGGUUCACGUUCUGUAAUGUUAUGUAUAGAUAAAAUCUAUUUCUCGGCCAACGAGAUAUCAACUAUAUUUUAUUUAAGUUAAAAAAGAUCGGUAUGAUUUACAAGUACCCAAAAAUAUAAUAAUACAAAAUUCUAAACUUCUUUAUUUAGGUCGGUUAUUCUAUGUCCAGGGUACAUCAUUUCUUAUUUUAGUAUUAGAAAAUCGUGGUAUACUUAGCUAGAAUAUUUGCAUUGCAUUUAGCUACUUUAUAAAGGAAAAUAUUAAUUGGAAGACACUAUGUUUAAUGAAGAUAGGCACUAAGAUAUAAUGUCCGGCCGAUAAAUUAAUGUUGUAACAAUUAAUAAUACACAUCAGGUACUUAUAAAAUCCUAUAUCUAGUCACAAAUAAGGCAUUACAGAAGUUGACUACAUAAGCUUAUUUCUUACACCUCUUUGUGGCGCUAUGUUUGCAUCCAUGUUUCAUUUUUCAUUCUUUUAUUAUUUUAGAAGACUGAUUUAAAUUAACAAAGUAUCAUUGUAUUGUUAAAAAAUUGAAUUACAUGAAAGUUGUUGAUAUAUUGUUAUAAUAUUGAUACGACAUAAAAAUUAUAUACGAUAUUCGUUUGCAAGUGCCUAUCUUAGCCAACGCUUGUCACAUGCUUUGAGCCCUUUGAGUAGAUAUAUAAAUUUAAAUAAAGUUUGGACUGAACCAUGUUAAUAGUUAGGUAUCAGUGAGUAAAGUAUGUUAUGUUUUAGCAAUAAGUAGUUUUAUAGUGAUGUAUAAAGAUUUUUAUUGGACAGAUAGCUUGUAUAAUGUUACAUAGUUGAGGUACUUAUAUAUGUACUUAAAAAGUUAUUGGGUAAAGUAUAAAAAUUAAAUUCAAUAUAAUAUAUUUAUUUAUUGCUACAAUUUAAGUAUACAAAUGUUUUAUACAACGUUAGGUGACUUUAGUCAGUAUGCCUUUCAAUAUUAAGUAAAUAUGUACAUUUAUAGAUUAUACAAGCCAGCUUCGUAAACAUGCGUAUUCUGUAAAAUAAAUUAAUACAUAGGUAUAUUCAAACGAGAUAAUAAAUUAAUACCUACAGCAAAGGCUUGCUGAUGUGUCUUAUAGGAUAUACCUAUUUAUUAUUUAUAAUAAACGAUUUUUAUACAGUAGGUAUAUAAUUAUAUGUAUCGUAGCAUAUAGUUAUUUUAAUCAUUCCAUAAUCUAAUUUCCAACGUUAUUUUCUUGUACUUAUGCAUAUUAGUCAUAUAACAGAUAAGGCAAAAUGAACCAGUCGUGAUAUUUAUGGUAUAUGUAUACAUAACAGUACUACAUAUAGAUAUAGUUGAAUAGAGUUUGUUCCACAUCACAAUUUGUUUAAACAAUAGAAUUUUCAUCUGUACUUACAAUAAUAUGUAGUAAUUUGAAAAGUAGUUUAAAGAGACAUAAUACACAUACCAUUUACUAUUAUUUUUGUAUAAAAUACAUAAUGGGAAAUUAUUUAGUGGAGCGAAAAAUAAUAUUGAUUGAGAAUAUAUUCUCUUUUUUAAUUGCCCUAUGCUCUAUAUUGUAGUACGUUAUAAAACACAUAUAUCUACUUGAAUGCGAGUAUAUCAUGUACUUUAAAUUGCACUUUAUGAUCAUAAUUUUACUUUAAAUAUUGAGAGAGAUAGUUUCAUUAUUAUUUUAAGUUUGAUAUUUUUCUGUGAUAGUACUAGGAAUUAUUGAAUAUGAAUAAAAGUUUUGUUUAUAAACUACUUAUAUUGUUUUAAUUGUUAAUCGUGAAAAAAAUCUAAGUAAUUGCAUUGAAAUUUUGUCCAAGUCUAAUCAAUAGUAUCGCACGUACCUACGUAUUUGUUGAACUUAAACUAAGAAUUUUGGAAUACGUACGAGAGUGGCGAGAAGUGUGCGCGAGCAUGUAAGA